GGCGGAGGCCGGGCAGCCGCAGCCGCGCCGGCUGCAAUGAAUGACCCCCGAGCCCGCGGGGAGGACGCCAGGUGAGCCGCUGCCCUCGGGAGGGCGCACCCCCGCCCGGCCCGCAGCCCCGCCGCGGCUCCCGGAGACGAGGCGAGGAGGGGCGAGGAGCAGCCCCGCGCCGCCCCCGGCCGCUCUCUGCGCCUUUAUCUCAUUGUGCGGAGCCGCUCGCGGCCGCGCUCCCCCGCCCCGCAUGGGGCGCGCUCCGGGCGCUGCCCUUCGGCGGGCGCGGCUCCCGCGGCUGCCCGCGGGCUCUGCCUGACCCUCCCCGGCCGGUGCAGCGAGGGCCCGGAGCGGGGCGGCCGGACUGCAGCCGCGGCGGGGCCCCCACCCAGCACCCCCACCCGCGGAGCCUGCGCGCGGAUCGCGAGCGGCGCCUGGGGGCUGGGCCGGCCCCGCUGAUCCGCACCCAGGGAGGCCCCUAGGGAGGACCGCGGGACCACCCAGGCGGCGGAGGGGCAGCAAGGACAGAGCAGCAAGAUGGCCAGCAAAGCCAAGGCCAGCGAGGCCUUGAAGGUGGUGGCCCGGUGCCGCCCGCUCAGUCGGAAGGAGGAGGCUGCUGGUCACGAGCAGAUCCUGACCAUGGACGUGAAACUGGGCCAGGUGACCCUGCGGAACCCCCGUGCUGCCCCCGGCGAGCUGCCCAAGACCUUCACCUUUGAUGCCGUGUACGAUGCCAGCUCCAAGCAGGCAGACCUGUAUGAUGAAACCGUGAGGCCUCUGAUAGAUUCCGUGCUGCAGGGAUUCAAUGGCACCGUGUUUGCCUAUGGCCAGACGGGCACUGGCAAGACCUACACCAUGCAGGGGACCUGGGUGGAGCCCGAGCUGCGCGGGGUCAUCCCCAAUGCCUUUGAACACAUCUUCACCCACAUCUCCCGCUCCCAGAACCAGCAGUACCUGGUUCGGGCCUCCUACCUGGAGAUCUACCAGGAGGAGAUUCGAGACCUGCUCUCCAAAGAGCCUGGCAAGAGGCUGGAGCUGAAGGAGAACCCCGAGACUGGCGUCUACAUCAAGGACCUCUCCUCCUUCGUCACUAAGAACGUCAAGGAGAUCGAGCAUGUGAUGAACCUGGGGAACCAGACCCGGGCGGUGGGCAGCACACACAUGAACGAGGUCAGCUCCCGCUCCCACGCCAUCUUUGUCAUCACGGUGGAGUGCAGUGAGCGCGGCUCAGAUGGCCAGGACCAUAUCCGUGUGGGCAAGCUCAACCUGGUGGACUUGGCUGGCAGUGAGAGGCAGAACAAAGUGGGCCCCAACACAGCCGGGGGGACAAACACACAGCCUGCAGGUGGUGGCAGCAGUGGAGGCGGAGCGGGUGGUGGUGGAGGAGAGAGGCCGAAGGAAGCCUCCAAAAUCAACCUCUCGCUGUCCGCCCUGGGCAAUGUGAUCGCUGCUCUGGCGGGCAACAGGAGCACCCACAUCCCCUACCGGGACUCCAAGCUGACCCGGCUGCUCCAGGACUCUCUGGGAGGAAACGCCAAGACCAUCAUGGUCGCUACACUGGGCCCAGCUUCUCACAGCUACGACGAGAGUCUCUCUACCCUGCGCUUCGCCAACCGGGCCAAGAACAUCAAGAACAAACCCCGGGUGAAUGAGGACCCCAAGGACACCCUGCUGCGCGAAUUCCAGGAGGAAAUCGCCCGCCUGAAGGCCCAGCUGGAGAAGAAGGGGAUGCUGGGCAAGCGGCUCCGGAGGAAGAGCAGCCGCAGGAAGAAGGCCGUGUCGGCCCCCGCGGGGUACCCCGAGGGAGCAGUGAUCGAGGCCUGGGUGGCUGAGGAGGAGGACGACAGCAACAACAACCACCGCCCACCCCAGCCCAUCCUGGAGUCAGCCCUGGAUAAGAACAUGGAGAAUUACCUGCAGGAGCAGAAGGAGCGGCUGGAGGAGGAGAAGGCGGCUAUCCAGGAUGACCGCAGCCUGGUCAGCGAGGAGAAGCAGAAGCUGCUGGAGGAGAAGGAGAAGAUGCUGGAAGACCUGCGGCGGGAGCAGCAGGCCACAGAGCUGCUUGCAGCCAAAUAUAAGGCCAUGGAGAGCAAGCUGCUCAUCGGGGGCCGGAACAUCAUGGAUCACACCAAUGAGCAGCAGAAAAUGUUGGAACUGAAGAGGCAGGAGAUUGCCGAGCAGAAACGCCGCGAGCGGGAAAUGCAGCAGGAGAUGAUGCUCCGGGAUGAGGAGACCAUGGAGCUCCGGGGCACCUACACGUCCCUACAGCAGGAGGUGGAAGUCAAAACCAAGAAACUCAAGAAGCUCUACGCCAAGCUGCAGGCGGUGAAGGCGGAGAUCCAGGACCAGCACGACGAGUACAUCCGUGUGCGGCAGGACCUGGAGGAGGCGCAGAACGAGCAGACCCGGGAGCUCAAGCUCAAGUAUCUAAUCAUUGAGAACUUCAUUCCCCCUGAGGAGAAGAACAAAAUCAUGAACCGGCUUUUCCUGGACUGUGAGGAGGAGCAGUGGAAGUUCCAGCCACUUGUGCCAGCUGGAGUCAAUAACAGCCAAAUGAAGAAACGGCCGACAUCUGCAGUGGGCUACAAGAGGCCCAUCAGCCAGUACGCUCGGGUUGCCAUGGCAAUGGGGUCGCACCCCAGGUACAGGGCUGAAAACAUCAUGUUUUUGGAGUUGGAUGUGUCCCCUCCAGCUGUCUUUGAGAUGGAAUUCUCUCAUGACCAAGAACAAGACCCCCGGGCACUACACAUGGAACGGCUCAUGCGGUUGGAUAGUUUUCUGGAAAGACCAUCCACGUCUAAAGUCCGGAAGUCCAGAUCCUGGUGCCAGAGUCCUCAGCGGCCUCCGCCUGCCACCACACAUGCCUCGCUGGCCCCCACUGCUCUGCGCCCCACGACAGUGCUAGACCAUGAGUGACACCCUCAGGCAGACUGCCCAUCAGACGGACUUCUGGGAUGGGGCAGCCGGCCCUGGAUCAUCUCAUCCGCCUCUUAGUGUGUGUGUGUGUGUGUGUGUGUGCAUGUGCGCGUGUGUGCGUGCGUGUGUGUGUGUGAGGGGGUGGGAAUCUGGCAGGUGUGCCUCUGCCUGCCCUUCUUAGCCUCCCUUAUUUAAUUAAUGUUAUUUAUUCGUGGAGCUCAGUUAGUGUGGGAGUGAUGCCCUCGCCUGAGCCUGCCGUGGUCACUGCACAGCCUUCUUUUCUCCUGACUAGCCCCUCACUCCCCAGUCACACCUCAAGCCUCUCCCUGUCACCUGCCUCCAGAAGGGAAGGUGGCCAGUGCCUGAGAAGAGAGCACUUUUCCUGUCGGUCUCACAUCAUCAUCACCAUCUCCUCCCACACAAGGCGAGCAGCUCCCAAGCACUUUCUGAGACUAGAAGACCGCUGGGUACCCUCUGAGGACGAGAGAAGUCCUGAGGGUUUGGGCCUGUGCUCCCAUUGGCCAGAGCUCUGCUCUGCACUCUCUGGGCCUCAAGCACCUCUUUCAACUUCUUGGGCUCCUUUUCAAGGACUGUAAAUGACCUCAUCAACACAGCCCAAGCUCUUCAGCUUCAGCAAGAACCUAUGGCUUCUCAAACUCGGCUUUUGGCCACCUUCCUGACCCUCAGAAGGAAAUUGUGAACCUACCAGUUGCUGCCUCCUCAGGACCUCCAGGAAAUGAAACAGUAAUGGAGACAACAUUGAAUCAUCAAGGGAAGACCCUCCUUUGGGACCCUUGGUUUCUUUCUCCUCCAUGAAGUAACUUUGGCCAACAAGCCAUCAAGUCAACUUCCUGUUUCUGAGAUGCCGCUCUCUCAAUCAUUUUCCUGCAGCGCAUAGUGGAGCCAUCAAUGUCUUUCUCCCUGCUGGCUCAACAAAGGAGUGGGAAUCUGUUGCUUUUCCUGCUCGUGGAGCACGGGAGUCAGAGACCCCGGCACAAUCAGCCAGCUUUGCCUGUUACCCUGGAUUCUGGAUCACAUUGUUGGGCACUGUUUUGUCGAAACCUAAACCUUUCUUCAGCAGUAUGCACAGUGGUCCCUGGGGAAAUGCUCUUCACCUACCUUUGCGACACCUAAAUAUCUCCAGGUAUCUCAAGUGAUAAGUAAAUUUCUACCAAAAACAGAGAGAGAGAGAGAUUAGUUUUCAUUGACUUACUCAUUAAGUGUAUAUUUUGGUGGAGGGAUGAAGUGAUCAUGAGCAAAAACAAGUGGCUUAGGAUUUCCAUGCCCCCUGCUGGUGGGAGUCUGCAGUUCCUGGAAUAUGAGGAAUUUGGUGAUGGAGCAACGGCCUGAACUGACAGAUCUGCCUGAAAUUUGGUGCAUGGGAGGUGGCAGUGGGGCUGAUGACCUGGUUAUUCUCUUUCCAUCAGGAAAUGAACCCUUCUUGGUCAGUCCCAAGUUUUGCUCAAAGGACCAAGCGAUGGUUUGGUUUAACUCAACAAUGCUGUCAUUUCUGCUGUAAUUAUUGGACUAGAUGGUUGGGCAACUCAAUUGCUAUUUGCUCUUGUCCUUCAAGCAAAUAACAUUUUCAUCAGAGCCCAGGAGAUCGAGACUCAGGAUUCAGAUUAGAGUUUUGGCUGUGGCUGGGACAGGAGUUGUGUGUAGACAUCCCUCGAGAGGGCCUGGGCACAGGGGCGCCUCUGGGCCAGCCUGGAGCCACUUCUGCCACUGACCAAUUUCUUGUUUGUGGAUAAAGCAGCACGUGUCACCCCCAUACAUCCCCUGGACACAUCAACUGCACUGUCUGACCACUCAACCCUCACUGUCGUAUAGCACAAAAUAUCCAACUUCACCACCCCCAGCCUAAAGGCUGGGCCUGAGGUGUGGUCGGAGGAGGAGCUCCUGCCUGCAGUUUUGUGUCCGUGUGUCUGUGUGUGUGUGUUUAGGUGUGUGUUUACCUCCACAGGGGUGUAAGUUAUGCUGGGAACAGGGCCACCAGUGUGGCUGGAUCUCAGUCUCUCUUUCUCUUUUCCUUUUGAUGUAUCAGACAUUUGACUGACAAAGAAAGGGCCUUGAUUAGGACCAAAUUUCCAUGUGUGUUGCGAUGGUCUUUCUUAGGACAGCAGUUAACAACGCAGUGGCCCGUUCUUGUCACUCUAUGACAAUACAGGACAGAUGUAAUAUACAAAUAUAUAUAUAUAACAUUACCCUAUGUCUCCUUGGCUUAGGAUGAGGCCUCGCUGUUGAGCAGAAAUGCACUUGCAGUUCAGUGCUGCCAGCAGCUGCAGGCCCCAGCCCUGUUCCGAUGAACACAGUGAUAAUAAAGGAAUGAGUAUCGUUACAGCCGGUGGCUUGCCUGCUCUUCCCUUUGUUUCUUCCUACUUUCACCACCUUCUCGUUUUCUCCUGUCUCUCUCACUCUUAUUUUUCCAGUAGGGGCUCAAAAAUAUUUGGAGCCCAGCUGCACCUUGAAAAAGAACUGGCUGCAUAAUAAAAGGGGAUCCCUCUGCCCAGCUGGACUGAGGACUAGGCUCAAGCUCUGGUCUGAAGUCUGUGCCCACAGCAGCUAUUUGUGUUUAGGCUCGCAGUCUCUGUCCAGUUAAUUCUGAGUUGUUAACUGAUUUCAAAACAGCCUCAGUGGUGUCCAGAUUUGACUGCUCUACCCCAUCUGCUACACUUAUCAGCCAAGAGAGAUUAAAGCAGGAAAUAAUGUGUGGAAGACACAUAGAGGUGCCUAAGACAUGUUGGCACUGAGUCAAAAUAAAUUGAAAGACUAGUUUCUCCUUAUCCUCUGUUCCCAGGGCCUCUCCCCUCCCUCUGGAUUCUAGCUAUUGGCUGCCUGUAGCUUGGGGAGGUCUUACAGGAAAUGAGAAGUAGCUGCUGCAAAAAAGCAAACACAAAACCCCUGCACCCAGGGGAGUUCUGAAGUUGGCCUGGUACGAGAAG